AUGUAUGACCAAUAUACAGAUUCAGAAGAAGAAGAAUCACUCCCAUCUACUUCAAAAGCAAGUUCAAUUAAAUCAAAUAAAAAAAGAAAUUCGAUUAAAGAAGUGGUUGAGAAUUCUUUAGAGAAAAAAGAUGAAAUUCCAAUCAAAAAUAAAGAAACGGCUUUAAUUAAACAAAAAGAAGAAAAAUCAGAACAUCCAAUUAAUGUACAAGUUGAAGAAAAUAUUAAAAUAAAUGAGAAAAUAAAAUCUAUCGAAAAUUCCCCUCCAAAACAACAAAGAAAGGAAACAAUUAAAACACAACAACAACAAAUAAAAAAGAAAGAAAAACAAAUUGAAGAGACAAAAAAACAAAUUGUUGAAGUUAAACAAGAGAGAGAACAUUUCCAAAAACAAUUUCCGGAUUUUCAUUAUUUGCCGGAUGAAUUUCCAACAGAACAAAGUGACCACUACUCUCUAACUUGUCAUUUAUUUCCUCGAAUGUCAGAAAGCAAUUUACAAUUUCAUGAUAUUUAUUGGGAUAAAAACGAGCAGGUAAAAAGUAGGGGAAAUUGGGUAAAGGAAAUUUUCUUGGAACUCCGAGCCCCUAACCCCCUACACCGGGCCCCUAACCCCCUAUAUAACCCCUACUACCCGAUGUACAGUCGUAGACUAGACUGCUCCUUCCGGUUUACAAUAAGACCGGAAAACUAUAACGGUUAG